UUCAAUAGCGAAAAUGCUUUGGCAAAAAUUAAUAAUCUGCGUUGUGCUCUGCCUGGGCCUGAGUCUCGCCCAGAGUAACAACGACAACAGCACCAGCUGUGCCCAGCACUUUAGCCUGGUGGGCGACAAGUGCGUGCUGAUUAUCGAUCGCUGGAACAGUUGGUAUGAAGCAGAUCGCGCCUGCCGCGCGCUCGGCGCUGGUUUGCUCAGCUUGCAGAAUCAGCAGCAGAAGCAGCAGCUGGAGAAAUGGCUCAACGCCACCGCUCCAUACACCACUGAGUUCUGGACCUCGGGCAACUGUCUGGGCAAGCAGGGCGAGUACUGGUGGCAGAGCACCGGACAGCAGGCGCGCUAUUUGCCCUGGGCCAGCAAGGAGCCGCUGAAGAACGCCGGCGACUGCAUCUCGCUGUUCUCGAACACAACGCUGCAAGGUCAAAAGGUCGACGAGCUGCGUCUCAAGAUGAAGGACUGCACCACCUGGGCUGCCUGCAUUUGCGAGCAGACGCCUCAAAAAUUCGACACACGCAUUUGCCUCAAGCCUGCGGCCUUCGAAUCGAUAAGUGUGCCCAGCAACUAAAGCCUCAUGUCUAAUAAAAAUUAAGUUAACAAA